AUGGAGGAGGACACUGCCAGGCACGGUCCCGGCUCAAGAAGUCAAGCCAAGACGCCGGAGAUUUUUGUAGUAGACGAGGGCGCAGGAACCACGCACUGGGACCUGAAUACGACACCGACGGAGACCACUGCGAUGAAUGGGGACAGUGCCAGCAUGCACUUGGAAAUGGAGACCAGGAGUGUGGAGGGAACCACAGUAAUCGAACGUGGUCAAUCGACACGGUCGACAACGGACAUCGACCCCCCGAGACCCGCUGUCGUGAUGGACAACCACUACAGCGACCUGCCGGAGGUGGUGGAAGCUAUCCCGCCGUCCUGGGAACUGGGUGACAGCAAAAUGCCAGUUAUCACCGAUGACGCAAGCGAGAAGAUUGCUGCCAUGGAUGGACAAAUACCAGCGUCGAUGCUUUCGCCAUCGCUGGCAGACCCGGUCCCAGCGUAUCCCCACAGCCUCAGGUACCGGUCGUCAAAUCUCAGCACUGUGCCCCUAACCAGUGAUCGAAGCGUGCCGAGUUCACCAUACUAUGAUCAAAUGCAAAUACAGGAUGAGGAAGUGCGCGAGGUGAAAGUCUGCGGCAUGGGAAGCCGGGUGUUCAUGUGUGUGGCGAUUGGUCUGCUGGUCUUCGUCCUGGUACUGCUUGCCACUGUCCUGGGCGUAACUUUGACCAUGAAGGGACGACAAUCGAGUAGUGAUUCCUCAACACACGACAUAUUAACGAUUUUAAAUACAUCGCAACUAGCUGCGGUGAACUGGACAGACACCACUGGUACUGCUCGAUCGGCUGUGUUUUACCAAGACUCCGAAAGCACCAUUCUGGUAUCCCUCCGCGAUUCAAUUAGCAAUAGUUGGUAUUACAGCAACGUCACGCAGGCGGUAAUGAAUAUGACGGGGGCCGACGCCUUGGACGUUCUCGCCGGAACACCGCUUGCAGCUGUUACCAACUCUUACCAGGUCAGCUUGUACUACUUGACGAACAACAACCACGUGGCGGAGAUAUGGGCCUCGGAUAUCAUUGGCGAAGUAUGGUACGCAGGAGAGCUGGGCACACGCCUUGCGCCUCAGGCCAUGGAAGGAUCUAAGCUUUCUGCAUAUUGGCAGAUCUGCGAAAACUGUACCAACUCAUUGUUCCUGACUUAUCAGGAGCCGAGCGGCAGUAUCCAACUUUGCAACCUCACCAACAAUACCUGGUCAUUUGCGGGUCCAAUUGGCACCGAAUUAUCUACCAAUGGGACGGGACUCGCACUACGCCCAUUCACCGAUAAUGACGGCGCUGGUCGAUAUGGUACAAUCGACAAUGCAUUAAGAGUCUACCACUUCGACACUUCAGGGAAGCUAUUGGAGAUCAUGCAAGGGCCCGAAACAAACUUCACCUGGGUGGACGGCAGCUCCAGCACCGCGCUCAGCAGUGCUGCAGCGAUGAUCGACCCGAGCCCGGGACUAGCAUCGACUUCAUAUGGUGACCACGGGUGGACGAACAUGAUCGUGAUGUACCUCGCCUCGGACGGGACUUUGACGUCCAGUUACUGGAACGAGAGUGUCUGGACGCGCGGCACCCCUAAUCUCAGCGGCGGUUCGUCGGGCUCGACCAACUUCACAGCGAUAGCCACGGCGCAGAACAGGAUGAUCUACGGGUUGUCGAACGGGGGCAUCUACGAGUACCGUUUCGACGAUAGUGAUCCGCUUAAUUGGAUUUUCACAUCCGACGUGGCGACCAACUGA